AUGAAAUGCAACCCAGACGCUGGCUUGAUCAGUGAGCUUGCCUCGCUAGAUGUGAACUUUGAUUGUGCCUCCAUCUCCGAGAUGAAGGACGUCCUGGAGAAGGGAAUACCUGCGAAACGCAUCGUCUUCUCUAACCCCAUCAAGUCAGCAUCAGCUAUCAGAUUUGCGGGUGAGAAUGGUGUCGAGACUUUGGUGUUUGAUAAUUUCGAGGAGUUGUGUAAGAUUCAGCAUCACGCUCCAGGGGCAAACCUCCUUUUGAGGAUCGUUGCAGAUGACCCUACAGCUGCUAUAAAGUUGGAUUCCAAGUUCGGGGCUACUGUUGAAGAAGCUCAAGAUCUGCUCGAAGCUGCAGCAGCAAUGAACAUGACUUGCAUCGGGAUCUGCUUUCAUAUUGGUACGUUCCGCGCUGAUUACAUGGCGUUUUUUCUAACAUCAUCCCAAGGAACGGGAUCACGAGAUCCUACUGCCUUUACCCGAGCAAUCGAAAAUGCUGGAAAGCUUCUCGACUUUGCUGUCACUCUCGGRCACCCAGUCAAAGUUUUAGAUGUCGGUGGAGGUUUCACAGGAACAAAUUUUGCAAAGUCGGCUUCCGCGAUUCGAAACGCGGCCAAUGAUCUCGCUCAUCGUCACCCUUCUGUCGAUAUCAUCGCGGAGCCCGGACGGUUGUUUACAGAAUCUAUCUUUAGCCUUGCCGUGCAAGUGAUCGGACAACGACAAACUCCUGCAAGUAAAGGGGGAGUCCCUACUGCUCGGCUAUAUCUCAAUGAUGGAGUAUACGGGAAUUUCAUGGCCACCAUACUCGAGCAUGAAGUCUACAAACCUGCCAUGAUCUUGCACAAAGGAACUGCGGUCAAUGUUCAGUCUUGUAAAGGUCGAUUUGCAUACUCUCUCUGGGGACCGACAUGUGACUCUCUGGAUCUCGUCGCCGAUACAGUGUUAAUGUCUCACGAAGUCGAAGUCGGAGACUGGCUCAUCUUUCAAAACAUGGGUGCUUACACUUCUGCUUGCCGCACCGAGUUUAAUGGCUUUUGCAAUUCGGGCAACACGUUCUAUCUGCGUUUAGGGGUACCCCGCCCUGACGAAGCACCCGCCGAGGAGCAGGCCAUCGCCGGCCAACCAUCAUCUCGUAGCCGCAUCAUUGACGUGAUAACAGACUAUUAUCGCUUCUUAACACGACUCCCACAUAUUGAUCCCUCAGAUUUGGUAUUUCCUCCUGAACCAGAGGGCUGGCAGACCAUAAACGAAGUCGAGCUUCGAGCGCGCGGAAGGACGGACGAAACAAUCGAAAUUCUGCGUCGCCUGCCAUACCUACGCAAUCCUGAUCUCCCCAUCAGAACCGCGCACAACAUUACCAACGAUUCGCUUUCGAUUGCUUACUGCGAUGGAGAAUUAGAGCCUGCAUGGGUUCAUGACCAACAACCCACUCCGGGCCAUAUCAUCUGGCUUACUACCCAGACCAAUAAGGAGGGUCACUAUCUUCUUCUGGAUACAAAACUCGGAACUAUUACAACAUGGAAUCCUAUCUACCCAGGACCUCCCUUACCAGACAGUAUUCUCGACGAGGAUUCCUUGGAGCUCCAGGACCGAUGGAUGAAUUAUGCAACUUUGCCUGUGGGCGACUUUUUCGACAUCUGUAGGAGGCGUUAUGAGAAGUUAAUCUGGAUACCCGUUCCUGGGCUCAAGGAUAAUAACUCUAGAGGAACGGCUCAUCAUCUUGCGAGAAUUAUGACGAGGGGUUUUGAGGAUGAUUAUCUGUAUUCUGACGAUGAGUACGACAUGUCGGAAGAUGAAAGCAGCGAUGGCUCCUCCUCUGAAGAUGCCGUAGACGACGAUGAAGGCAAUAUCUCCAAUAUAGAGAUCGAUCAGCUCAUGGCAGAUGCUGGUGCGGACGGACAAUAUGCUGUCGAAGAAUUGGCGAACCGACCCGACCCUUCUCCAGAAGCUGGUGUCAUAACCGCUCAUCGUAACGAGGAAGAGUAUGAAACUGAUGUUGCUUUUGAAGACGUACCCGCCGGAAUGAAGCAGAUGUGGCAGGAUACGAAGGAUACAUAUUACAUCUAUAAACGUAAUGGAUGGCCGGCAGACGAUUAUGACAGAGAGCGAUUCUAG